AAAAAUGGGCCUACCCAAUUUUCUCCUCAUCCUCAUCAUUCUCCCCACUAUGCUUUCAGCCUCACCUGAUCACCAAACCAUGCUUUUGAAACUCUGCAAUGACAUUGAAAACAAGGAAUCAUGUCUCACCAAUAUCCAACAAGAGCUCAUGAACACUCAAUUAAAAGAUCCUGAUGAGCAUCAGAGAAGGAACUCAAUCCUAAGUGCAGCCCUCAAAAACUCCCUCAACGAGGCGCGAGCCGCCAUCGAAAUGAUCACAAGGUUCAACUCCUUGUCCAUAAACUACAGAGAACAAGUGGCCAUAGAAGACUGCAAGGAGCUCCUGGACUUCUCGGUCUCCGAGCUGGCCUGGUCCCUCGGCGAGAUGAGGAUAAUCCGGUCGGGCUCCAACGACGCACACCACGAGGGAAAUCUCAAGGCCUGGCUGAAGGGGAGCGGGGAGUACCGGACGAUAACGGAGGCAGUGAAUGCGGCGCCGAGCUAUAGCAAUAGGAGGUACGUGAUAUACGUGAAGAAGGGGGUUUAUAGGGAGAAUAUUGACAUGAAGAGGAAGAAGACAAAUAUAAUGUUUGUUGGGGAUGGAAUUGGAAAGACUGUGGUCACGGGUGAUCGGAACUUCAUGCAGGGUUCGACUACCUUCAGAACUGCAACCGUUGCCGUAUCCGGGAAGGGAUUCAUAGCAAGAGACAUGACAUUCCGCAACACAGCCGGGCCAGAGAACCACCAAGCAGUGGCUCUUAGAGUGGACUCGGACCAAUCCGCCUUCUUCCGCUGCAGCAUGGAAGGCCACCAGGACACGCUCUACGCCCACUCCCUCCGCCAAUUCUACCGCGAAUGCGACAUCUAUGGCACCAUCGACUUCAUCUUCGGCAACGGCGCAGCCGUCUUGCAAAAUUGCAAGAUCUACACCCGCGUCCCGCUUCCCCUUCAGAAGGUCACCAUCGCCGCGCAGGGACGCAAAAACCCGCACCAGAGCACCGGUUUCUCCAUCCAAUAUAGCUACGUCCUCGCCACGCAGCCGACCUACCUUGGCAGGCCUUGGAAGCAGUAUUCAAGGACGGUUUACAUGAACACUUACAUGAGCGGUUUGGUGCAGCCUAGAGGGUGGCUUGAGUGGUAUGGUGAUUUUGCCUUGGGAACGCUGUGGUAUGGUGAGUAUAGGAAUUAUGGGCCGGGUGCCCGCCUCUCGGGCCGGGUCAAAUGGCCUGGUUUCCAUGUCAUUCGGGAUGCCGCCACCGCCAAUUUCUUCACUGUCGGCCGGUUCAUUGACGGGAUGUCUUGGUUGCCGUCUACAGGUAUCAAGUUUAUAAGGGGGCUGACUAAUUAAAACCAAUAUUCAUUAUUGUUCUUGAUGAUUAGUGUUUUAUUUGUCAAUUAUUAAGUAUAGAAAGAUGAGGGGGUGGUGUAGAGGUGUAUUAUUUUUAUUAUUAUUACUUUUGUGUUUGUGAUCAAUAAUAAUAAGCACGUCAUAUUAGAACAUAUGUAUGAUUUGAAAGUGCAAUAUUGCAUUAUUCAUAAAUAGUUUUCCCCUUACGCACAGGAAAAU